GAGGGAGAGGGAGAAGAAGAAGUGCAAGCAGAAGAGGAAGAAGAGGGAGAGGGAGAAGAAGAAGUGCAAGCAGAAGAGGAAGUGGCAGCGGGAGAGGAAGUGGGAGUGGAAGAGGAAGGAGAAGAAGAAGUGGAAGCAGAAGAGGAAGUGGAAGAGGAAGUGGGAGUGGAAGAGGAAGAAGUGGAAGCGGAAGUGGAAGAGGAAGUGGAAGCUGGAGAGGAAGUGGGAGAAAGGAAGUGGAGGGCAAAGAGAAAAGGAGAGUUGAAGAGAUAG